UUUAAUACCGGUGACAUGACUGAAGGAGCAGGAGGAGGAGGAGCGGAAUCUCUGAGGAGGAGUCUGUCUCCGGGUAUAAAGUUGACUGCUCCCGCCUCCUUCCUCCUUCUUCUUCUUCUCCUCCGGCGGCUUCUUCGUCCUCCUGUUCGGCUCUUCUUCAACAUGGGCUUCGGUGACCUGAAAGCAGCCUCCGGCCUCAAAGUUCUGAAUGACUUCCUGUCAGGCCGCAGCUACAUCGAAGGGUUCGUUCCGUCCCAGGCUGACGUAGCGGUCUUUGAUGCCCUCUCGUCCCCGCCCCCAGCCGACUUGUGCCACGCCCUCCGCUGGUACAACCACAUAAAGUCCUACCAGGCCCAGAAGAACAGUCUUCCAGGUGUGAAGAAGCCUCUUGGUCAGUACGGCCCUGCAGGCGUAGCCGACACCACGUCCAGCUCCACCCCCACGGCGCCCUCCAAGGAUGAAGAUGAUGACGACAUUGACCUGUUCGGCUCUGACGAGGAGGAGGACACAGAGGCAGCCAGACUGAAGGAGCAGCGCCUGGCGGAGUACGCCGCCAAGAAGGCUAAGAAGCCGGCUCUAAUCGCCAAGUCGUCCAUCUUGCUGGACGUGAAGCCGUGGGACGAUGAGACAGACAUGGCCAAGCUGGAGGAGUGCGUGCGCAGCAUCCAGAUGGACGGGCUCAUCUGGGGACAGUCCAAACUGGUCCCAGUGGGUUACGGCAUCAAGAAACUUCAGAUCAACUGUGUGGUCGAAGAUGACAAGGUGGGGACGGACAUCCUGGAGGAGCAGAUCACCGCCUUUGAAGACUACGUCCAGUCAAUGGACGUCGCCGCUUUCAACAAGAUCUGAGUUAAUAAAGAGCACUUCAUUCAUA